UGAUUACAUCCCGCCUAACAAUCGCUGUAGCUGGUGUGUGGUGCCAAAGUUCAAGCUAAGAGUACGACAACCCGUAUCUGCGCAAGUAGUUCAAGAUGCAAAAUACAGGAAAGCUUGCUGGAAUAACCCUUUUUAUUACCGGAGCUUCCCGGGGCAUCGGCAAAGCGAUCGCACUAAAAGCAGCCCGCGAUGGAGCAAACAUAGUGCUAGCGGCGAAAACUGCAGAACCACAUCCGAAACUACCUGGAACGAUCUAUACGGCAGCCGCAGAAAUUGAAGCCGCUGGAGGAAAAGCUUUACCAUGCAUCGUGGACGUACGCAGUGAAGAGGCAGUUCGUUCAGCGGUUCAAAAAGCAGUCCAAAAGUUUGGUGGCAUCGACAUUGUGGUCAACAACGCGAGUGCCAUUUCGCUAACCCCAACCGAAGAAACGGAUAUGAAACGAUACGAUCUUAUGCAUAACAUAAACACCAGAGGAACUUUUCUCGUUUCCAAAGAAUGCCUUCCGCAUCUGCGAAAAAGCAAGCAUGCACAUAUUUUAAACAUUUCACCACCACUUAGCAUGGAGCCGCACUGGUUCAGUAAUCAUGUUGCUUAUACGAUGGCGAAAUAUGGAAUGUCCAUGUGCGUUCUUGGUAUGGCUCGAGAAUAUGAAAAUGUCAAUAUCUCGGUGAACGCUCUAUGGCCCCGGACGCUCAUUUUCACGGCAGCAGUAGAAAUGCUUCAUGGACAGGAAGGAUAUCCGUAUUCACGUAAGCCGGAAAUAAUGGCCGAUGCUGCAUAUGCGAUUCUUUGCCGGCCUGCUGGUCAAAGCACAGGAAACUUUUUCAUUGAUGACGAGGUGUUGACCUCAGAAGGUAUUACGGAUUUCACACAAUACGCAUGUGUUCCAGGAAAUGCGUUGAAACUCACACCGGACAUUUUUGUUAGCGAAAAGAAAUCAAAGCUUUAA